GGAGGGAUAGAAAAGAUACGGUGAAGGAGGGAGGGGGGGGAUUUAUCUGCGAUCUGCCCGACGAGGAAGAGCCUCAUCUCCAUCCUCUUCAUCCACAGGCGGACGGACGAGUCGCCCCGCUGCACUUUCACUUCGGUAUCGGCUCAUCUCACCUAUUGUUUGUGGCGCGCGGGAUCACACGGACCGAUCCCGUCGUAUCACCUCCUCUUCAUCCAAACCUCCUGAGCUGACCUCCUCCAGAACGGUUCCCAUCAAGAUUUCUCUGCACGACUCUCCCCCCCGCUGCAUCCACCCCUGCUUCAGUGAUGCUGCAAGUUUGCAGCUGGAAAAAGUCAAACUAGUUUUGCUUUUUUGUCAUCCUUGAAUGCUCGCCACUUUAUUUAGUUAUUUAUUUUUUACAUCUGAUGCUCGUCUGGCUCCUGGAAUAUGAGUUGAACGGAGCUUCAACUCCAAACUGAGCGCCUUUUUUUUUUUUUUUUUUUUAACUUAAAAACAAAUUUUCUCAAGUCUUUAACAAGGAGAGCGACCACCUGAGUGAAGAAAGAUGAUGCUGAGCCCGGAUCAGGCGGAGGCCGACCUCUCCUGGACGCAGUCCGACCCGGAGACGCUGCUGAACGGUCUCAAGUCGGUGGGCUGCGCGUCGGACGAGCCGGCGGAGGCGGAGGAGCGGCCCAAGUGCAGGGCCGAGCAGCCGCUGAGCCGCGAGGAGAAGCGGCGGCGGCGGCGGGCCACGGCCAAGUACCGCUCGGCCCACGCCACCAGGGAGCGGAUCCGGGUGGAGGCGUUCAACGUGGCCUUCGCGGAGCUCCGGAAGCUGCUCCCCACCUUGCCCCCCGACAAGAAACUCUCCAAGAUAGAGAUCCUCAGACUGGCUAUUUGCUACAUCUCCUACCUGAACCACGUGUUGGACGUCUGAAGGGCCGGAGCGCGUGCCGGAAGCUGGACCGAGGGCGCCAUUUUGUAGAGGGGGGGGAAACGGUUGGCAGCAGUUAGCAUCGAGGGCGAAACUGGUGUUAAAGCGCAGUAUUUUUAAAUAUUUUGCAGCUGAGAUUUAUUACACUUUUAAGUUGGCCAAAUUAAAAAAUAUAUAUAUUAAAUUAUGUGAGGUUUUACAUUAAAUACGUAAACGAAAAGUCAACUUUUUGUUCAAGCGCU